UGCAUGCAUGCUGUGUUUUCUCUCCUUGCUGAAAAAAGAAAAGCCUUUUCUUUUAACCUGGCUGCCUUUGAAGAAGUGACUUAGACAUCUUCAUGGCCUCUAAAGAUGGACAGAAACAAUGGAGUAGAGGUCUACCUGGAUUUCUUCCUGGAGCACCAGACCCAGAUCACAGUCUUCCCGUCUCACCUUCUGGUCCAGGGAACCAAGCAUGGCAGCCGGACCAGUCUCUGCCUAGCAGUCCCCCACCUGGUCUUGAAUAUUUAAGCCAGUUAGACCUGAUCAUUAUACACCAGCAAGUGGAGCUUCUUGGAAUGAUACUUGGCACUGAAACCUCUAACAAAUAUGAGAUUAAAAACAGCUUGGGACAAAGAAUUUACUUUGCUGUGGAGGAAAGCAUCUGCUUCAAUCGUACUUUCUGUUCCACCCUGCGAUCUUGCAUUCUGAAAAUCACAGACAAUUCAGGUAGAGAGGUGAUUACAGUAAACAGACCCUUGAGGUGUAACAGCUGCUGGUGCCCUUGCUACCUACAAGAGUUAGAAAUCCAAGCCCCUCCUGGCACUACAGUUGGCUAUGUUGCACAGAAAUGGGACCCGUUUCUGCCUAAAUUUACAAUUCAAAAUGCGAACAAAGAAGAUAUUUUGAAAAUUGUUGGUCCUUACGCAACGUGUGGCUGUUUUGGUGAUGUGGAUUUUGAGGUGAUCACCAUUAAUGAAAACCUUACAAUUGGUAAGAUUUCAAAGUACUGGUCGAGAUUUGUAAAUGACGUCUUCACAAAUGCUGACAACUUUGGGAUUCAUGUUCCUGCAGAUCUAGAUGUGACAGUCAAAGCAGCGAUGAUUGGUGCUUGUUUUCUCUUGGUAAAUAUGGUCUUGCAAGAGUAG